AACAUCAUCGUCCCACUUGCUUUGCUUUCAUUACAUAACCUACGCACAAAGCCACCGCAACACAACAGAAGAAUCCUCAAUUCUCAUUGUCCCUGUUUUUUGUUUGGAGGGGAAAAAAAGAUAUUCUUUCUUCUUUUUGCUGAAACCCAAUAAAGCGAAAUCGCAAAGGGUGUCUUGGAAAAGGGUGGUUUCAUUAAAAAGCAGGGAUCUUUGGGGGGGAAAGAGAAGAGAAUAGGGGCAAGCUUUGUUUUGGGGCAAUGGGAGAUUUGGAGAAGCAAGAGAGGGUGGAAGAGGAUGCGGAAGGAGAGAAGGAGAGGCUUUUGGAGGGUAUGGCGGUUUUGGAUUUUGACAUGCUUUGUUCCUCUGUGGCGUUGCAAAGUUCGCAUGGGAGUUGGGGGAAGCUUGGGGGUGGGGAUGGUGAUGAGGAGCAACAAGGUGGGGUUUUGAGGAUGUGGGAGGGUGAACUUCUCGAUUGCUUUGAUGAUCGCCGCAUCGCUUUUGAAUCUGCAUGUUGUCCUUGUUACCGAUUUGGGAAGAACAUGAAGCUAGCUGGUUUUGGUUCUUGCUACAUUCAGGCUAUAGUUUAUUUUCUUCUUGCUAUUGGUGCCUUUGUUACUUCCAUUGCCUAUACUAUCACGAGGACUCACUACUUCCUAUACCUAGCUGUUGCAUUCAUCAUUGCUGUUGGAGCAUAUUUAGGAUUCUACCGAACUCGUAUGCGAAAGAAAUUCAACAUCAAGGGUAGUGAUAGUUCGUUGGAUGAUUUCGUGUACCAUUUUGUCUGUCCUUGUUGUACGUUAUGUCAGGAGUCAAGAACACUUGAGAUGAACAAUGUUCAAAACGGAACAUGGCAUGGUCGGGGUGACACAAUAUGUAUAGGUGGAUUUAGAGAUGAAAGUAAAGCUCUCUGUGAGUUACGUCCUCCUUCUGUUGUGUCCAUCAUGCCUAAUGAUGAAAAUUGCAUGGAAAAGAGCACAGAUGUUAGCAAUGGAUCUUGAGUCAAGGUAGUGGGGAAGCUUUGAAACAAUGGUUCUUCAUGAUCUGAAUUCUAUCCCUAGUGUCUGCAGUGCAUAUUUCAUUCCAAGUUCUCAUCGAAUUUCUCGGCCAAGAGAUCAAUGUAAUGGCAGCUGCAACACAGGUUCAUACUAAGGACAAAAAUUGUUGUAUGAUGAUUCCCUCUAGGAAAUUAGGAAUGCUUAAUUAUGUUGAUUUUAAAACCAUUCCGGGGGGAGAUGUUAGCUUGCAAAUGUGCAUGCAGGGUAUGUCAUUCUCAACUAGUGGGGUCUUAUUUUUACCAAACCCCUGCAGUAUAGUUUGAUUAUAUAUUGUUGGAAGAAUGCCAUCGUAAUUGUGUAUUAUAAUGAACCAUUAUGUGUGUUCUCGCAUCAAAGUUAGGUCGAUUUUUCUUGAGGUA